CGGGGCGGCGGGGGCGUCUCUCCCGGCCCCCCGGGCGCGCUGGAUGCGCCGCCGGUUUCCAGUUACCGCGAUGCCGGGCGGCGGGGCGGGAGGAGGCGCGGCGGUGCCGCCGCUGCCCGUGCUGCAAUGAGUGAUGCUGCCGGGGGCGGCGGCGGAGGAGGAAAAGCGCAGAGCCACCGCGGCUCCUCCGCCGGCGGCUGCGGGAGCGGCGGCUCCACCUCGCCCGGGCGGCGGCGGCGGCGGCGGCGGCGGCGGGCGGCGGGCGGCGGGCGGGGGGCUGCCGGGGGUCCGGGGGCCGGCGGGGGCAGCAUGCCGGGGGGCGAGGGGGACAAGGAGGAGGCGGCGCCGCCCGCCCGCCCCACCGCCCUGCUGCGCUGGGACGAGGUGCCCGAGGACUUCGUGGAGUGCUUCAUCCUCUCGGGCUACCGACGGCUGCACUGCUCGGCGCAGGAGUGCCUGGCCUCGGUGCUGCAGCCCACCAACGAGACGCUCAACUUUUGGACCCACUUCAUCCCUCUGCUGCUCUUCCUCAGCCGCUUCGGGCGGUUGCUGCUGCUGCGGGGGGCCGGGGACGUGCCCUUCCACCACCCGGCUCUGCUGCCCCUCUGGUGCUACGCCUCGGGGGUGCUGCUCACCUUCGCCAUGAGCUGCACGGCCCAUCUUUUCAGCUGCCUCUCCCCGCGCCUCCGCGCCGCCUUCUUCUACCUGGACUACGCCUCCAUCAGCUACUACGGCUUUGCCAGCACCGUGGCCUACUCCUACUACCUGCUGCCGGGGCUGAGCCUGCUGGAUGCCGGCGUCUUGAGCCGCUACGUGCAGCAGCAGCUGGGCUGGCAGCUGGACUGCAGCCUGCCCAUCGCGGCCUACCGUGCCCUGGUGCUGCCCGUGGCCCUGGCGCUGGCCGUGGGAUGCACGGCCGCCUGCUGCCGCAGCCGCGCCGCCUGCUGCGCCUACCCCUUCGCCGUGCGCACCUUCGUCUUCGCCAUGCCGCUGAGCAUGGCCUGCCCCAUCAUGUUGGAGAGCCUCAUCUUUGACCUCCGCACGCGCAACCCCACGCUUUUCGUCUACUUCUACCGCCGCUACUUCUGGCUGCUGGUGGCUGCCUUCUUCAACGUCAGCAAAAUCCCCGAGCGGAUCCAGCCAGGGCUGUUUGACAUCGUGGGGCACAGCCACCAGCUCUUCCACAUCUUCACCUUCCUCAGCAUCUACGACCAGGUGCACUACGUGGAAGACGGGCUGGCCGAGUUCCUCAAGGCAGCCCCAGCCGCUCCCACCUACCUGGGCACCGUGGGGUACAUGCUGCUGCUGACGGUCUGCCUGGCUGUGGUCGUCAGGAGGUUCCUCAGUGUCGCAGACCUCUGCAAGCAGGACUGACCGUGCCGGUGGCCACCGUACUAUCGGUCCUUGGGCUGGAGAUGGUUGAGCUGAUGACCUUCAUGCUGGUGACCCUCAGACUGGCUCAGCCGUGUCCUGAAGAUGCUGUGAACCUGGCGGAAAGAUACCUAUGGAAGAAGGUUUCCAGAGAAAACGGCAAUGGUGAAACUGCUCGUACUCUUUAAACUACUAGGUUACCAGGGGAAGCAAGCAAACGCUUACUGGUAUGUUGCUGCUUAAAGUAUAAGCUGAAAUAAUUAAGCUCUGCUACUAGGAAGAACGCAUGAACUGUGAAUGCCACUUACUAGUUCAUAACAAUUAGGUUUAAACUGGCUGUGUUUAUAUAUACAUAUUUAUAUAGAGAGCUAUUUAUUUCUUAGCUACAUAUAUAUAUGUAUAUAUAUAUAUACACCUGAAGACACACUCGUGCAAUGAUUGCUGAUAGACUUUUAAUCAAUUCCUGUGUGAAAUUUCCUAGCAGAUUAUGCACUGACAUUUAUCUUCCUCUGUGAUACUGUAACAGGCCUUUGCAGCCACAUACUGGAUUUUAAAUGCAAACAAAUUAAUAGCUGUCGAUACUUUUUAAGGCCUCACAGCCUUUUUCAGCCAGGGAACAUAAUAGAUUUAAUAGAGAGCAAAACCAGCUGUGAAUUAUUACAGAAUUACCAGUUGACGGAGAGAUUUUAAUUAGACGGGCAGUGAAGCUUGAGUGGUUGGCGUAGCCGCUCGGAUUCUACAAUAUAAUGCAGGAAUAUGUAAAAUAAUUGAACCAGAAAGGGAUCAGAUGGUUUUAAAGUGGGGGUGGGGGGGAAGAAGGGCACUGCAUAAUGGCACAGCUCUUCCCCGGCACGUCAGGAACAUCUGUCACUUUCAGGGGGUUGCUAGGGGGCCCCUUUAUCUUCCCCAGUAAAUCACCCCAAAAUCAGCCCUUCAGAGUCAAGGUCAAAUGCCAGACUUUCUAUAAGCUCCUGCCAAGCUCGGUGGAAGUUCUGUGGAUGUAAAGAGAAUAAGUGAUGCAUGAGAUCUUAUUCUGGGUCUUUUAAAUAAUUACGUGGAACUGGUGUCUUCUGCUCCUUAAUUAGAGCACUUUGACAAAUUUACCAUCCAAAAAUUAGGUGCUGAGUAUGAGUUCAAGACCUAUGAGCACUGGAAAUUGACAUUUUCAUGUAAUUCCCUGCUUUUUCCUAUGCUGAUCAGUUUGGGCUACAGCUGGGUGCUUUGAAGUCCUCAUCUAUUACCUUCAGGGGGGUUCAAAGAGAACAAUUACAAGUUAUUUUCCAAAGCCGUGUCUUUUCUCAGCAACCCAGGUAAUAUCCUUCUCACACCACAAACAACUAACCAUAGAUUUAAUUUACUCUUCAUAUAAAGAGAAAUUUUUUAAACUACAUGCAGAUUUUAAACAUGCAUUUUGAUUUUGUCAGAACAAGUAACAGGCGUGCAAUAAUAUUUCUCAAAGGGUUACAACUUGAAGUUCAGGUGUGAAACUGCUGUAUACCCAUUUUCAAAAAGAAGGGUGGUACUUCCUUCCACUGAUGUCAUACCGCACAAUAGCACAGUGCUUCUUUAACUCAGCCUCUUUGCUUCUAUUGUGGAAAUACUUCUGCUUGCAUCUUUCCCAUUUUCAUGGACUUGGCAUCCAAACUCCAAGUGUAUGUUUUGAGUCCAGUCGCAUGGUCUUCUGCAAGACAAAGUCCCCUUUGUUUGUAACAAGAGUAUAGGAGGGGCUCUAGCUAGUGAUUAUGAGGUCAUGUCCUUAAUAUGGGUCAGAAUCAUCACAGAAACCAAUAAUUGAUAUGUCCUGUACCAAUGUCAGACUUGUGAAAAUUUCCCUGUGAAAGUAUACAAGCUAAAGGAAAAUACAGGUCUGCUUCAUUUUGCCUUUUAUCUUAACCCAUUUUAACAACAGUAGAUUGGAUCUUUUAGAUUUUUAUAAAUAAUGAGAAUGGCCUAACAAAAAUAAGUGUUCUUUGCCAGCAGCAAUUCUGUAAUUUGUGGUGAGGUCACAUACGGUCUCUCAGAGGGACUGGUUAGAAUUUUCAAAAACACUGGCUCCCAGUCUGUGACCUCCUGUGUUACCACUGAUGGUCCAUAAAAAACAGCAUUCUCUAUGUGGCUGUCUGUGUUUUGUUUUCAUUUGUCAACCUGCAUUGAAAGGAAAUUAAAAAUACACAAAGUAUUGUUAAGGUUGAAUAUUUUCAGUGACUUAUCAUAAUUAUGGCAUUGCUUUAUUGAGCUGCCAGUAAAGCAGAAAACAAUUUGCACCAUAGGAGAGGUUGGUUUAUGGCACUGUCAUGCUCUGAUGUGUCUUUCAUACCAUGGAGAAGAGAAAAAAAAGAAAACCAAACCAAACCAAAACAAAACAAAACAAGAAAAGAAAGAACUGGAAGCUCACACCAGAAAGCAAAUGGAUCAAGACCUGCAACCAUGCUGUGCUAUAAAUUUCCACAGCUUCAGAAGGAGGUCGGUAUCUCUGAGAUGUACUGUAUUCAAGUUAAAAUAAUAGAUGCAUAAUGGUUAGAGCCCAAAUGACUCAUCCAAGUUUCAAAACUAAUUAUUUAGAAAUUGCUUGCCUGGGAGAUGCCACUGGCAUGUACAACCAGCAAUUAAAAACUAGGAAAAAAAUCAAAAAGGCUGGGGACAGUAAAUCUCAGCACUAGCAGACAGCUUAGAAACAAGUGACAAUUAAAGCCAAAUGUAAAAAAAGGCUGUUAAAGCAUACUGCAUAAUGAAUUAUAGUUGUGCUUGUCACUCACAAUGUAGAGGACAUCUCAAGAGGCAAUGUCAAAAAAGGCUGUUGCUAACUUGUAAAAAUACAUUUGAUAUUUGCAGUUAGGCCACACAGGGUCGUCUAUAUAUAUCUCAACUUCAGAUAACAGUAUAAAGGUUGGAUUGCAACCAACUGCAAUUUUACUGGAAUCUUGGAGCGUCCUAACAGUUGCCUGUGAGGCCCAGUUGCGCUGCAGAUUUGGUACCAGGACCUGAUAUUGAGAAUAUUGAUUCAUUUGAAACAUUUCUAUUGGCAAAAUGUUGAGGCACAUGCAUGAGGCCGAGCACUUUGUGGAGUUAUUUGCAAAUACUGGUUGCAGGUACUGCUCUCUGAGCCUCUGUAAGCAGACCUUGUGUAUCGGGAGCCUUGUGUGGAGGGAGACGUGAUUCGUUUUAUGGAAUUCUAAUGAACAUUUGUUUGUUCAUUUGUCUGUUUGCUUAUAUGUCAGUAAACUAAAAAGUUACAAUGAGUGCGCAGAAUAUCUAGGGAAACACUUCUUGAGUGUGUAUUUAUUCAGCAAGGACAAUUCUGUGCAGAUAAUUGCUCCGUUUGCCAUGUUCAAUAGCAAGUGUCCAUGAAUAAGGAGAAACAAAACUGAGUUAAAGAGAUUAAAAGUGGAACAAGACAUCUAUAUUUAUAGUGCUUGAAUUUGCUCUUAGAAGUCAAUGUCUGCAUUUGUGUGGCUUGUAAGGAGGCAGGAUCUCUGAUUUGAAAGCACACAUGGCUGAAUGUCUAUCGGCACAUCCAGAGCUCAGUCAGGCGGUCUGACCUGCAGGCCAGAUGCACAAGGACAUCCUAAACACAAUUUUUUUUGCUUAAGUAUCUGUCAUAAUAUUUUUAUUGUCUGGGUACUUAACUGAAGGCCUACACUGUGGUUAGGGAGCAAAGGACUCCAUAGCUCAUCUGUAAAACCAAAAAGACUUUUCAGUCUUUUUGUGGUAGAAUGAAGGAUAGGCUGAGUACAAGGGGACGGCCUGGAAAUGCACAUGUGUUUGUCCUUCUCUGGCCAACACUGACCUUCUGGCUGACAUACCUGUGCAAUAUGAACUGACUGUCAGUGGGGUCAGUUUCCAGAGUGUUGGUUAUGCUGGUGACACAGUCACUCCGCUUUGCAAUUAGCAUGUGCUUAGAAUUGCAGUCAACAUACUGGCAGAUGAAGCCUAGCUUCUGGGCACAUCGGAGGUGCCUGUAAGCUUCAAGCUCAUCUCUGUGUAAGAUCGACAUACCUGGUCUGCAGUUAUUAUCCCAUGUUCUGUGGUGGAAUGCUAUUUCUUCUUCUGCAGUGUAUUCAUUUGAAUGUCUGCACAGCUGUGAGCAGCUUCAUUAGCAAGACUGGAGCCUGCAUUCUGGAAACAAAGGGGAAGUUUUCAUCUGCAUGCUGUGCUUAUAGAAAUUUAGCAGUUAGAAGUAGAAACACAUUGGUUUUUACUAAAACCAUAGUUUUGCUUAAUUGUUCGAGUGUCAUUAUUUAUACACUGAAUCCAGAUACCAUGUUUCUGUCAACAGUACCCUGACAGAAAAUGACAGUCUGAAAGCUUUACUUUAAAUUUAAGUAAACUUUCUGAGGCAGCACAUUCAUAAAAUGUUAUUGCACUUAGUUGAUUACCAUCCACAUGCCUUACAGAAACAAACCAUACCUGUAUUAGUUGUCCAGGUUAUACUGUUUUUCUUUGCCUGGGAGUGUAAUGAUGACCAAGUGGCCUGUAACAAGCUGAGGAGUCAGGCACUCCUGCUUUCUCAUCCUUGCUUUGCCACUACUGUUCUGUAAUCUUGGGCAAGUUAUUUGAACUGUGUUCAUUUUAAAUGAAUUUAAUUCAUGUAAAUCACUGGAAUUGUACCGGGGUUGAAUGUGACCCUCUGUGUCUCAGUUUCCUCUUCUGUAAGAUGGGGAGAAUAUACCGUACCUACCUCACAGGGUUGCUCUGAAGACUAGCUAAUGUUUGUAAAGCACUUAAAAAUGCAAAGAUCCUCCUAGGUGCUAAGAAGAAAUAUUGCUGAACUCCAGCAGAGAGAAUGUCAUAUAUUCAAUUGUUCCUCAUCUCACUCAGAGAGGAACAUGAGCGUUACUAGACCAUGAACUCUUGGGACAAACCCUCAUUGUCGUCAUACUCCUAGGAAGUUCGUAUCCCACAUCCUUUGGAGUCAAUGGCAAAAUUUCCUCUGGCCUCAGGCAGGGGGGCAGUUGCAGUCUAAAGCAGUAGUAAACAGGCUGAUUAAAUACAUAAUUGUCUGGAGUAAAGAGAAAAUAUAUGUGAGCUAAGUAGUUUUCCGAAAUUCUCACUGAUGACUUGUUUGUAUGAAGGCCUUGUUCAUUUAGCCAUGGGUUGUAUUGCAGUUACUGUGGAACAAGAGAGCAAGAUUUCCUAUCAGUGUCUGUAAAAGUAGGCUUAUGGCUCAACUACCACUGGCAAUUUCUAUCAGCUUUAAGCUACCCCUUAUCAGAGCAAAAAGACCUUUAGUAAAUAAAGCUUGUAAAGAAUUGUAUAAUCAUUUGGGAAUGCAAACUUACAUUGGGAAUAGGUGAACGGUUGGACUGGAUGAUCUUUUAGGUCUUUUCCAACCUUGGUGAUUCUAUGAUUCUAUGAUUCUAUGAUUCUAUGAUUGAUCAUACAGACAACUUUUCUUCCCCUCUCAUCUCCCAAACUUAACAACAUGGAACCAAUCCUAUUCUUUAGCAGAUCUGAAUUUAGGCCUUCUUAUCACUUAUGAGUACUCUACCAUGGAGCCCUGACUACUCAUCCCACUAACCCACACUGCCCUUCUCUUGGAGCACCAUUGAGUAGAGAGCAAUGUUUUUAAGAGCUUUUCUAACUGGCAGUGGUAGUGAACAACAAUAACAACAAAAAACAACAAAAAAACAACUACAACAAAAAUAUCAACAGAUUUGAGUGAUCCAUCAAGUCAAAGCCUCUAAUCAUAAGGAAUUCACUCUAUCCAAAUAAAUUCCUUGCAUCUGUUACACAUCUGUAAGUCAGGGCUACACAACCAACAGCCAAGUAACACCUGAGACUGUACCCUGUUCUCCUCAGGUGGGAUGCAAGGUGCUGAGAAAGCAUCACCUGCGCUGAAAGAUACAGAUCUCUAUUCAAGAUGUUUAAUGUUCUGGAGCUGGAUGUGGAAUCAGUUAUUUUCACGACUUGAUUAGACAGAUGCUGUUUCAUUCCACUGAAUUCAGUAACGAAUUAACGACUGAGGCAAAGGAAGUAAGCUUUUGCUCAAAGUUGCCUGUAAGGAAACACCAGCAGACUGCUGCUUUCAGGGCAAUUGCUUCCUGGCUGACCGUACUCGCAAGAUGGAGGAUUCUGAAGUAGUGCUUCACUGUUUUGUGUGAAUGCCUAAGGAUUUGUGUUUGUAGCUGGGGGGGUAAUAGUGUGAAGAAACAGUUUAUAGCAAGUCAAUUUUUUCUGUCUGCUAGAGAUUCAAGCACGCUUUAGAAAGAGAUAUCACAUUUAAGGGUCUGUGCAUGCAAUGAACAAAAAGUGUGAGUUUUAUUUGAUUCUGCUGGGAGGGGUUAAAAAUUUACUCUUUGUACACUUUUGGAUGCUGACAACCGUAUAUGUAAUGACUAUGCAUUUUUAGCAAAAAAAAAAAAAGGUGUGAGCUAUAAAUAAAGUUGAUUCUGAGUACA